AUGGAUUCUGUAUUAUCACCCAAUACCUCCGCCUUUCUCAAUUACCUCAACACCCUUCCCAACGAAUCCGCUUCUUCCGACAAUGUCGAUACAAACCAGACUUCAUUCCCUCCUUCUGCAUUCUUCAAUACUAUGCCCGUACCUGGAAGAGAUACCCCUGAAGAUACUCCACCUUCAGCCACAGAGGAGACUUCCAUCUCUCCACCAGAUAAGAGAGAUGGUACAUCCAGUGUAUCCGAUGAUUCCGACGACGAAGAUAUCGAGGGGGGAAAGUCGACGAAGAGGAGAGUGAGUGGAGCCGGAGCGAACAAAAGGAAAGCAAAUUCGGGUCAUAGGAAAUCUAUCAUUGAAGAUGUUGAAGACGAUGAUGAUGACUCUGAAUCCGAUGACGUCUCUGGACACGAAGACAAGAGAGCACACAACAAUAACAAAGGUACGAAUUCUGGUAAAGGUUCAGGCAAGAAAGGGGGCAGGAAGUCAAAUGGAGAGGGAAAAGAACCAAACAAGGCUGCUAGACGGAAAGAGCAAAACAGAGCUGCACAAAAAGCAUUCAGGGAAAGACGAGAGAACAAAGUGAAAGACCUCGAAGAAAAAGUAGCCGAACUCGAAGCCAAAUCAUACGGUGCAUCAGUCGAAAAUGAGAAUCUACGUGGUAUCCUCAAAAGAUUACAAGAAGAAAAUAUUUCACUCAAACAAUCUGCCUUUACAUUCUCCAUGCCUGUCAAUGGUAAUACUGGUUCUAGUACACCGACGAAUAAAACACCUCCUUCAUUUAACAUACCUCGACCUCAAACUGCGAAACCACCUACUCCACCUCAUUCUUCAACUGAUGAUAGCCUGAAGAGUAUCAACGAGAUCUCCGUUCCAGCACCUAAUGGUCGAAUAAGCGAUUCUCCUGAAUCCCUGGUGUCCAUCAACAGUAGUAGUGGUAAUAUCACUGAUGUCAGCCCUCCACCACAACCCGAUUUACUCCGUUCAGAUGCAUACAACGCAUUCUUGUUUGGGGCCGGUCGACCGCGAGUCAGCCCCGUACAAUCAUCGGUCCAAUCGAAUUCUCCAGAACGAUUACAAUCAUUCAAUACCUCAUCCAAUGCGUCAAUGACCACUUCGCCUCCUUCAAACAAUCAUACAGACAUGGCCGCAAUAUGGGCAUCUCUCUAUCCUCAAGGUGUGGAAGCUUUGUUGGCUGAUCAAGCGGUAUCGCAAGCGCAAAACAGUGGUACAACCAAUCAAUCGCAAUCGACUGCUUUGUAUGGUAACAACAUCACGACACCUUUCACCUUGCUUAACUCACAGCCUGCAUCCAUGUCAUUUGGUCCCACCGGCGAAACGAUGUGGGAUCCCGUCUCCUUAUCUCAAACCUCUUCUCAACAUCAAAACCAGUUCCAGCAGCCACAACAAGUACAACAAUCACAGCAAAUACAGCAACAACCUCAACCUCAAGUGCAACAACCCAUUCAGAAUCAACCGCAACAAGCACACGAUUUCAACCGAUUCGCUUUCCGUGAACCUACUUCUGAAGUUGCGGCAGUGACAGAGCCCAUGAACAAUUGGAAUGAUAUUACCGAUAAUAGCGUCUCAGACUUCCUCGCCUCAUUAACGGGUAACAACAAUGUUGAUACUGACAUGAAAGUUACAACUGAAGAUGAGGCGUUCAACGCACAAUUACAACAGAUUUUCGGCGGAAAUUCACCUUCGCAAUUGUUCAACUUGGGUACAGCUCCUCAACCUGCUGAAACCAAUGUCAAUCCUUUCAGUCCAAACAACUACUUGAACAUGUCACCCUCACCCCUAAACUCCAACGGUCAAUCACCACAGUCAUCAGGAUCAGGUUCAGGUUCAGGAUCAAUGUCCAAUGAGAAAUCAUCAUAUAAUUCACCUCAAUCUUCGACUUCCAGUGGACCAAGUGCAUUAAGUACAUUUGGUCCACCAAAAGCACCAUGUGAAAUUGUACAUGUAGUAGAUGAGCAUGGUAACGUCGUUAAACCAAGUGAUCUAUGGAUGAAAUACACUAUGGGUGAUGAUGCGACUUCAAGGAAUAUCGUAGAUCAUUUAUUGAUUGAUGAUUUAUGUGAUCAAAUGAGAUCAAAAGCGACUUGCAAAGACGGUCGAAUGGAAUUAUCAGUCAAAGACGCUGAAAUGAUGUUUGGAAUCGAAGGUGAUCAACAGCAUAAAGAUCGAAUAGCAAGAAUGAAAAGUAGAGUAACGAAUAUUUGA